AUGAGUAUCUCGGAGCUUACUGACGGUUUCAAGCGAUAUGCAUCCGGCUAUCACCUGCACAUGACAAGCAGGAGAUUUUUCAUCGGACCAAUUCCCGAGGGCUGGCUGCAGCAUCACCGCAAGCACUGGUACAAGACCAGACUCAAGUUUCACAACUAUACUUCGAGAGCUGUUACGUUUACAGCAGACACAACAACCCCUACCGCCGAUCAGCCGGAACCAGAAGCAGCCUCAUCAUCCGCUCGAGAGCAACAUACCUCACUGGCUGAUACUACGAUUCAGGUAGCGGUUGCAGACAGGUCAGGGGAGGAAGGUGAUGAUCGUGAGACGGAUGAGCAGCCUGGUGGGCUCCAGUCCAUACCGUAUCCUUUAACAGAGGCCGAAACUCCCCCGGGGGAAAUACCCGUCCUAGAUUCGUCUCAGGAACAGGGCGAGUCGCAGCUCAACGUUGAAUCAAAUAAGAAGAAUAAAGGAGCACCAACAGCAUUUUAUACAGCUAGAGAAAACAACCCAGACCGCACCACUGAAGCAGAAAGCAGUUGGGCGUUGAGUAUCCCUAGCCAAGAUGAUUCCAGUCAAUCAGCUCCUGUGGCACCCGUUAGCGAAGCUAGCUCUACAGCGGCAUUGCUGAGGCCUAGUUUGCGUUCUAAAGGGAAGAGGAAACUCAAAUCCUUGUCUUCUGGUAGCAUUGGGCGCCAAGAGCCCCAGAAUGAAAGAGAAGACGAUGUGAUCGAUCCUCGGUCGUAUAAAUAUUCUACAACUUUGCUCGGCGGAAAAGUGAAAAGCUACCAAUUGGAUGACAAGCUCAUGGACAGGCAACAGCGCCUAAUGUCCCGUAUAGCCUACACCUAUGAUGUGCUCUCAGGCAAUCGUCGACAACGGCGCAAGCUGCGUGAGGGCGAGAUUAUCCGAGCGGAGAGGAUGCUUGUUCGCGUCGAGGUGGCUGUGCAGAAGGAGCUCCCGAACGACUACACUGAAAAUGAUAGCCUCAGGUUAGAAACAAAGGUUGUAGAGAGUUGGAGGGAGUUUCUUGUCGUCUGCCGGGUGAUAUCCGACGCCGAGUCAUCUGUUGCGCUCCAGAUGUAUAAGACGCGUGUCGUUCCGGAGAUACAAAAGUCAAAUUCCAAGGUCAAACCCUACCACGAAAUCGCUUUGAAUCGCAAGAAUACCAAGGUGAACCUCUACUCUUGCUUGGAUAAGACCAUCGUGAUUUGGAGACCCUGCAAGCGUGGCACCAAGAUAUACAUAAUUCGGCCCAAAUCCGCAGUGCAUGCCACGGAGUGGUUUACGUUUAUUUAUCAAGUGUUGGGGCGGCACCGUCCAAGUUCAUUAUCCAUCAAUGUCCCUGAUUUGAACGUUUCUCUUGUCUUUCAAAAUCCAUUUAAGCAGUUCGAGUCCAAUGGUGAGGCUCAGAAGGGGGACAAAAUCGAUGGCACAUCCGUUCAAUCGACAGAUCGCGUAGCCGAUGUUGCUGCGGCUAUCAUUCGGGGUUGUAUGGACCUGCUCGAAAACCGUACCGAGUGGGCGGAAGUGCUACGCGAAUGGUCAAAAACCGAGAAGAUGGGCCUGGCCUGGAAGCGCUACGACAGACUGGAAUGGGUGGUUGGCCUGGGCGAAGAGAAGAUGUACGGAUCUCUUGCAAUGCAAACCACCCACCAGCUUCAGCUACGACCAAGGCAACAUUAUCAAACAUUCGUCAAGAUUGGUGAUGAGAAAGUCGAAGAGCCACCACCUGUGGAGGGCUUCUUGGUCCGUUUGACAUCUCAAAGAGGAGUGCAUCAACGGAUGAACAGGAUGUUUUUCAAACGUCUCUAUUUCUUCACACAAGAUCAUUACCUUUUGUUCUGCAGACCAGCGAAAGCCCUGCCUCCUACUCCUCCGAAGCUUUGCUCGGAUGAGGCUGGCAUACCCUCAGCGCGGCAGAUAUUGAACGAGAUGCCUCUCUCAUAUGACGUUGAUCCCUUUCCAAUCCACGACGGCGAGAUCACAUGGAUGUCGAGCGGGAAUGAGGCCCACCUGAAGGAACAUGAUCAGAACGCUUAUGCACACAGCAAGAGAUCGAUACACAAUGUCAUCCAUGCGGAUGGGUUCAUCGAUAUUUGUAAAGUUCGUGAGGUACGUCAAGUGUGGCGUGGCAGCUCCCCUGCCGAUCCAAACAUUCGCGAAGGUCUCGAUGUGGAAUUCCAUUCUGAGGCGCAAGACACCCAUCGGGAUGAUGGUGCGACAAAGCAAUUUGACGAUGAUCGAACUUUCGAGAUGGUACUUGAGAAUGAUCUUGUUGUUCGACUGCAGGCAUAUGACAAGACCACCAGGGACGAAUGGAUAAAGCGAAUGGAUGCGCUGGCCAAAUAUUGGAAAGCCCGCGUUGCGGCCGACUCGGUUGAGCUUAAGGCCAUUCGGCGGCGCAAUCUGAAUAUCUUGGACAUCGAUGAAGGAACUGAGUCCGUGGUAGGACAGUUCUCCGAGGAAUGGGAAACAAAGAAGUCAGAAGCAUCACCCUUGUUGCACAACAUAUGUACUCUAUCGGGUUGCCGGACAAUAAAGAUGUCCGGUCACCUCUUCCUAAAACCUCGCCGCCACUCUACCUUCAAGAGGUGCGAUGUUAUUUUGGCUGGAGGGAAGCUUUUGAUCUUCCACAGCUCAUUGCGGAAACGUACUGGUGUCGAGAUUCCUCAUGUUCAUCAGAGUCUCGAGAACACGUUGGACCUGGAAGACUGCUACAUCUACUCGGGUCUCAUGACCGAGUCCGAUCUGCUCUACGCAAACCGGACUUUCGACAGCAACCAUCCAGGACACCAUACCUUACCUCGCAUUUAUCUUUCAUCCGAUGUCUAUACCACCUGCGACGAGGACACGGCUAUCACAUUCGUCGUCUGGCAGCCUCUACGAAAGAAUUAUUUUAGGGCAGAGGAGCUCAGUAAGAAAGGGAAAACGAAGCAGAAGCUGAGGCAAGUGUCUACGCUCGGCGUCCCUGGACGGACUGUGGUAUUCAAGGCACGGAGCCGGAUAGAGAGGGAUCGUUGGGUCAUGAGUAUUUCAUCCGAGAUAGAUCGAUUGCAGGAGGAGAGGCCGGAAGACAUGCGCCUAAUCAAACCAUCAGAUAAUUGA